CACGGUUGGAUUUACAUACUUGCCUUACAUUUGAAGAUAUAUUCAGAAAAAGCUAUUCGAUAUUUGUAAACAUCGGACAAAGUCCAAUAUGACUGGUGGAACAACCACAGAAAAGUCAGCUACCAAUCCUUUGGAACAGUUUGUGUUACUUGCAAAAACUGCCAAAGGAGCAGCUGCAUUAGAACUUAUUAGACAAGCUGUAGAAACUCCAGGUGUACAUGUGUUUGGUGAAUUAUUGGAUAUGCCCAAUAUCAAAGAACUAGAAACUGGUCCUUAUGUUGAAUACUGGAAUACUCUGAAUUUGUUUGCAUAUGGUACUUAUAAAGAAUAUUUAGAAAACAAAGACAAGGUUUUAGAAUUGACUCCUGUUCAGAAGAAGAAACUUCAACAUUUAACCAUUGUAACACUAGCAACAAAGUCCAGAUGUAUACCAUAUUCUGUCCUCUUGGAGGAGUUAGAUAUAAAAAAUGUUAGAGACUUAGAGGAUUUAAUAAUUGAAGCCAUUUAUGCUGAUAUAAUACAUGGCAAACUAGAUCAAAAGAAUUCACAAUUAGAAGUAGAUUAUGCUGGUUUAGGACGUGAUGUUAGACCUGCUGACACAGGUGUAGUUGCUGAAACAUUAGCUGCUUGGGGUCAAGCUUGUGAUACUGUGUUAGCAUGUAUUGAAGAACAAGUUAAUAGAGCAAAUGUUGAAAAACAAAAGGCUACUUAUCACAAAGAAAGAGUACAGAGGGAUAUUGCAAAUAUAAAAAAGUCACUUGCUGCACAAGCUGGCGGAGGUGGUGUACAGGAAGCUGAUAUGGCAGGUGGUAAUACAGGAACAGGAGGAAGUGAAUCAAGCAGAGACACAUUGCUGGUUCUACCAUCGGAUCCAAAGAAGAAGCAACAGAAGGUCAAAGGUACUAAAUGCAGUGGAGCUACUAAUCCGGUAAGGCUGCUGCAUGAACUGAACGACGAUGCAAACGAGAAGUUCAAGUGAGAAGUUCAACUUUAGGGUGAAACCUCGUGGCGUAUCAUCAACUCGAACGGAUUUUCUCUGUCUACACCGUUCACGAAACACAGUGCAUCGUCUUUCUCUGUCUACACCGUUCG